AUGGCGGCGACGGAGGGGAGGGAGUGGGCGGUGGAGAUCCAGACGGAGGCGGCGGCGGGGGGGAGCGACUGGGCAGCGGAUAUCCAGAGGGAGGCGGAUAAGGUGAGCUCGACGGCUGAGUCGGAGCUGUGGGAGAAGCACUCCAUCUACCGGGUGCCGGGCUGCAUCAAGCAGCUCAACCCCCAGGCCUACACGCCGCAGGUGGUCUCCUUCGGCCCGUACCACCAUGGCUCCGAGCCCCUCACCGCCAUGGAACCCCACAAGCUCCGCUCCGUUGAGCGCAUUCUCCGCCGCUCCAAAAAGCACUUCCACCUCUUCGUCGCGGCUGUUAGAGAGGUGCAACAGUGCCUGAUGGACGCCUACGAGCGCCUCGACAAAUUCUGGAUCGAAAACCCGGAUGCCUUCCUUAAGAUGAUGAUUAUCGACGGCUGCUUCAUGCUUGAGGUCCUCCGCAUGGCCACCGGGUCCCCCACCAGAGCUUUCGCCGCGGAGCAAGCUGUCGCCGCGGAGCAAGCUGUCGCCGCGGAGCACUUGUCCAAAGACCCCAUAUUCAGCCCCCACGGGAUGCUCUACACCGUCCCCUACAUCAAGCGCGACAUGCUCAUGCUCGAGAACCAGCUCCCCCUCCUCGUCCUCCACAUCCUCGUCUCCGUCCAGGGAGGCAAGGUCCCCAAGGUACGCCGCCACCAUCGCCCUCCUCAUGGUCGUCGUCGUCCUCAUCCUCCUGAUGGGGUCUCCUCGGUAGGAGCAGAUCAACAAUCUGGUGCACAAGUUCUUCGCCCAGAAGGAGAACCUGUCCAUGAAGGAGCUCGGGCUCCACCCGCUGGACGUCUGCCGGAUGGGCCUGCUGAAGAAUCCGGAGGAGAAGUCGGGCGGUGGCAAGGCGGCGGGCGGUGGCCAAAAGCGGGCGGGCGACGGUGACAAGAAGGCGGACGGCGUGGUGGAGAUGGUCUGGUCAGCGACGAAGCUUAACGACGCCGGCGUGCGGUUCCGCGGGAGCGGGUGCAGGAGCCUGCGGAACAUUCAGUUCCGGGGGGGGUUUCUCCGGGGCGGCGUGCUCAUCCUGCCGGAGGUGGUGGUGGACGACCUGAUGGAGCCCAUGUUCCGUAACCUCAUGGCCAUGGAGCGCCUCCACGUCGGCGCCGGCAACGAGGUCACCUCCUACGUCUUUUUCAUGGACAGGAUCAUCGACUCCGCCAGGGACGUCGAGCUGCUGCAAAACUGCCGGAUCAUCCAGAACGCCAUCGGCAGCGACAAGGCGGUCGCGCAGCUGUUCAACAGCCUCUCCAAGGACGUGUCUCUCGAUCCCAACGGAGGCCUCAACGAGGUGCACAAUCAGGUCAGCACCUACUGCCAGAGGAGAUGGAACGUCUGGCGGGCCAACCUGAUGCAGACCUACUUCCGCAGCCCCUGGGCCUUCCUCUCCCUCGCCGCCGCCGUCUUCCUCCUCGUCCUCACCGUCGCACAGACCAUCUUCACCAUCCUCCAGUGGCAUCAGGGCCUCGCCACCGACGCUCAGUCCCCCUCUGCCGCCUCGGUCGCCCCCUCCUCCAACUGA